AUGACAACGCCGACGCCGUCCCUAUCAGACUCGAACUCCUCCGGACGCCGUGACCCCGGCGAAACCAUGCACGACAACGGUGGGCACUUCCCUUUACCCGAUGACUAUUUCCCAGAGAUCCACCUCACGCCAAAAGAGAUCGCGAACUAUGAAUCGCAGAUGCAAGAGAUUGUUAAAAAUGCGUUGGCAGAGUACGAGCUGCACGAGGCCAAAGGAACGUACCCCGUCUACCGGUCCCCGUGGAGUGUCGUCAGUAAGGUAGAAGGCCUCACGACGAUCAAGAAGGAGACACCUGACAGCCCAACGGCCAGUCAGGCACGAAUCUUUGGCCGCAUUAACGGCGACUACCGCCACUUUAUUGACUUCUUCUACGCUGAGACGUCAGCUGAGCUGUUCGCUUGGAAUCAGUUCAUGUUCGGAUACGCCACGGACGCCGCGGUGCUUAAGAACAUCCACACAGUAGCGUCCAAGAAGAAAUGUCUGUAUAUGGGCAUCAAGUGGACGUGUUUAAAUCCGUCGCCGCUCGUUAAAAAGCGUGACAACUGCUACAUGGAAUACUUAAACUACACAAAGGAUCUACGUGGUCGCGACGUGGGCGUCCGUGUCACUCUCCCGCUCGACAUCCCUGAGUGUCCAGAGCUGCCCAAAAAGCUCAAGACUAAACGGAUUCGACUGAACACGGUUUGGAUCUCGAGACCUGCUGAUCGCGAGCCUAAUGUGACUGAAUUCUUUAUGCUGUCUGAAAACAACUUUAACGGCCUGGCGGUCACGGCCAACUACUACAAGCGUAUGAUGAAUAUUCUUAUGAACAUGGCGGUCUUCGUGGACUCGCGACGCAUUUUGAUGCAAGGAGUGAUGCAACGAAAGAGCUGGGCCAAGUCCAGAUCGCGCAAAAGCUGCAGUGUUUGUUCGCGUAAGUUCGGGCCAACUCGCCGUCGCCAUCACUGUCGACUGUGCGGCGACCUCAUUUGCCGGCGGUGCGCUAUCAUUCGUGAUGCCCCCAAGGAAGAAGACGCUGACAGCGCGUCGACGGGAUCAAACAGGACGUUCGAGAUCGUCAAGACGAAGUUUUGCGUGCUGUGCGUGACGAAGAUGCGCGAGUCUCGUAACAACGUGCUGGUACCGGUACCCGCGCCGAGCGGUAAACUAUCAGUGAUCGACUGUGACUACGAAGACUUGGAUCUUGGCGAGCCCCGCCACUCGAUUUUUUCAGAGACAGAAUCCGAAGGUGGUCACAUCUCCUUUUUUUCCGAGACGGGAAGUAGCGCCCGGUCGCUGCAGUUCUCACCGCGAUCGACCUCGAUCUCUUCGACCACUUCAAGUAUCGGCAAAAUGUCUUUCGUGUCGAAACUCGAUGUGAUCGACGAUCAGUCUGUAACAAUUCUGGCAGACCCACGAAUGACUACCAGCGAGUUGAUCGAAGAAGAGGUGACGGAGGUUAUCGAUACGAUCGAUAUGGUGCCAGUCUCGUCGCUUACCUCCUCAAAGAGAAGUGGGGACGCUGUAAACCAAGAUGAUAGCGGUAAGACGAGCUUGGGCAACGGCUCCAAUUGGUCGCCGCUCGGCUCCAAGACGUCACCGCGGUCUUUGGAUCAGUGUCUUGCUGAGCAAGAGGAGCUGCUACGCCGCAUGAUGCUCUCGGCCAGCGGAAUGCGCCAGCAAAACAGCUCGAAGCCAGGAAGCGGGACCUUGGGUAACAGCGGGGCCACUGGCACUGCACCAGUGCAGCAAAGGAGGUCGGACUCGGAUUCGGAGACAGCAUCUUCGGAGAGCGAUCCGAUCCACACAAAAAACAAAUGA